AGCGUAGAUACUCAAAAUCAUUCUAGUGAACAUUCACAAAGUUUACAAAAUUCGAAGGACUUAAUUGAAAUUUUACACAAGGAUUACAAAUCCGGGUGUUGGCGAUGGCUGCUCAACGAGCUGCAGUUCGACAAGGUCUUUUCGCCUUCAGAACAUUGUACACUUCCCCAAUCCGACCCCUGAGUGCGAGCAGUGCUCCGAGACUGGCCUCCUCCUCCUUGGAAAAGACUCCGGCUGGAGGACCGAAGGGGAAGGCGUCGGACACGGUCCCAAAAGACCUCAAAGUCCUCCUCGCCUCCAAGGAUGAGUUGGAACACAAGGAGAAGAUGAAGGGCACCAUCAUGGUGGACGUGCCUUUGGACAUUACAUCAAUUUCUGGAGUCCCUGAAGAACACACGAAGAGUAGACGGGUACGAAUUUUUAAGCCUUGUAAAAACGCGAUGCAGUCUGGAACAAGUAAUACAAAGAAAUGGAAGAUUGAAUUUGAAACGAGAGAACGAUGGGAAAAUGCGUUGAUGGGAUGGUCUUCUAGCGGUGACCCCUUGUCCAACAUGCAAAUUGAUUUUUCUGACAAGGAUGAGGCUGUCGCAUUCUGCGAGAAAAACGGAUGGACAUGGUUCGUAGAAGAACCUGUUGAGAAGCCAAUGAAACCAAAGUCAUAUGGUGCUAAUUUCUCGUGGAACAAGAGGACGCGAGUAUCCACCAAGUAAAUUUAAAUCUAGAUAUUUAAUCUAUCAAUUCUAUUUGUAUAUAUUAGAACCACUCGCAACGUCGCCAUCAACUAAUAUGAUCAAGUUAGAAAUUCUGUAUCAUAUAAAUACUGAAUUCAAAAUUUACAGUCGUGAUUAUAUCAUGUAGAAAUUGUAAAGUAUGUGAAGAAAUAUAAAAUGUAAGUUAAGUAACUGUGUAAAAUAA